AUUAAUCUCGCGAUCUUUGGGAAGUUCCGUUGAGGAAGAUGGCGGCGGCCGCGAGCACCCUUCUCUUCUUGCCGCCGGGGACUUCAGAUUGAGCCUUCCCCGGAAGAGUGGGGGCCGCUGGAGCGCCACUAACCCCGGAGCUCAAGCUAACUUGGUUCCCCUUUCAGUGGUGGGGAGAGGCUUACCCUCUUGUGGCCGACCCAAGACCUCACCGCUGUCAGGAUGAAGGCUCAGGGGGAAACCGAGGAGUCAGAAAAGCUGAGUAAGAUGAGUUCCCUCUUGGAACGGCUCCAUGCAAAAUUUAACCAAAAUAGACCUUGGAGUGAAACCAUUAAGCUUGUGCGUCAAGUCAUGGAGAAGAGGGUCGUAAUGAGUUCUGGAGGGCAUCAGCAUUUGGUCAGCUGUUUGGAGACACUGCAGAAGGCUCUCAAAGUCACAUCUUUGCCAGCAAUGACUGAUCGUUUGGAAUCAAUAGCCAGACAGAAUGGACUGGGCUCUCAUCUCAGUGCCAGUGGCACUGAAUGUUACAUCACGUCAGAUAUGUUCUAUGUGGAAGUGCAGUUAGAUCCUGCAGGACAGCUUUGUGAUGUAAAAGUGGCUCACCAUGGGGAGAAUCCUGUGAGCUGUCCAGAGCUUGUACAGCAGUUAAGGGAAAAGAAUUUUGAUGAGUUUUCUAAGCAUCUUAAGGGUCUUGUUAAUCUGUAUAACCUUCCAGGAGACAACAAACUGAAGACUAAAAUGUAUUUGGCUCUCCAAUCCUUAGAACAAGACCUUUCUAAAAUGGCAAUUAUGUACUGGAAGGCAACUAAUGCUACUCCCUUGGAUAAGAUUCUUCAUGGAAGUGUGGGCUAUCUCACUCCACGGAGUGGGGGUCAUUUAAUGAAUCUGAAAUACUAUGCCUCUCCUUCUGACUUGCUGGAUGAUAAGACUGCAUCACCUAUCAUUUUGCAUGAAAAGAACGUUCCUCGAUCUUUGGGCAUGAAUGCAUCAGUGACAAUUGAAGGAACCUCUGCUAUGUACAAACUCCCAAUUGCCCCUUUAAUUAUGGGGUCACAUCCAGCUGACAACAAAUGGACCCCUUCUUUCUCUGCAGUAACUAGUGCCAACAGUGUUGAUCUUCCCGCCUGUUUCUUCUUGAAAUUUCCCCAGCCAAUUCCAGUAUCUAAAGCAUUUGUUCAGAAACUGCAAAACUGCACAGGAAUCCCAUUGUUUGACACUCCACCGACUUACAUGCCCCUCUAUGAACUCAUCACUCAAUUUGAGCUGUCGAAAGAUCCUGACCCCCUACCCUUGAAUCACAACAUGCGAUUUUAUGCUGCUCUUCCAGGCCAGCAGCACUGCUAUUUCCUCAAUAAGGAUGCUCCUCUUCCAGAUGGUCAGAGCCUGCAGGGAACGCUGGUCAGCAAAAUCACCUUUCAGCACCCUGGCCGAGUUCCUCUUAUCUUGAAUAUGAUCAGACACCAAGUGGCCUAUAACACCCUUAUUGGAAGCUGUGUCAAAAGAACUAUUUUAAAAGAAGAUUCUCCUGGCCUCCUCCAGUUUGAAGUGUGUCCUCUGUCAGAGUCCCGCUUCAGUGUGUCUUUUCAGCACCCUGUGAAUGACUCCCUUGUGUGUGUGGUGAUGGAUGUGCAGGACUCGGCACAUGUGAGCUGUAAACUCUACAAGGGGCUGUCGGAUGCUCUGAUCUGUACUGAUGACUUCAUCGCCAAAGUUGUUCAAAGAUGUAUGUCCAUCCCUGUGACGAUGAGGGCUAUUCGGAGGAAGGCUGAAACCAUACAGGCUGACACGCCAGCACUGUCCCUCAUUGCAGAGACAGUUGAAGACAUGGUGAAAAAGAACCUGCCCCCGGCUAGCAGCCCAGGGUAUGGCAUGACCACAGGCAACAACCCAAUGAGUGGUACCACUACACCAACCAACACCUUUCCGGGGGGUCCCAUUACCACCUUGUUUAAUAUGAGCAUGAGCAUCAAAGAUCGGCAUGAGUCGGUGGGCCAUGGGGAGGACUUCAGCAAGGUGUCUCAGAACCCAAUUCUUACCAGUUUGUUGCAAAUCACAGGGAACGGGGGGUCUACCAUUGGCUCGAGUCCGACCCCUCCUCAUCACACGCCGCCACCUGUCUCUUCGAUGGCCGGCAACACCAAGAACCACCCGAUGCUCAUGAACCUUCUUAAAGAUAACCCUGCCCAGGAUUUCUCAACCCUUUAUGGAAGCAGCCCUUUAGAAAGGCAGAACUCCUCUUCCGGAUCACCCCGGAUGGAAAUGUGCUCAGGGAGCAACAAGACCAAGAAGAAGAAGUCAUCAAGAGUACCACCUGACAAACCCAAGCACCAGACUGAAGAUGAUUUUCAGAGGGAGCUCUUUUCAAUGGAUGUCGACUCACAGAACCCUAUGUUUGAUGUCAGCAUGACGGCUGAUGCGCUGGAUACACCUCAUAUCACUCCAGCUCCAAGCCAGUGUAGUACCCCCCCAACAACUUAUCCACAACCAGUACCUCACCCCCAACCCAGUAUUCAAAGGAUGGUCCGACUAUCCAGUUCAGACAGCAUUGGCCCAGAUGUAACGGAUAUCCUUUCCGACAUUGCAGAAGAAGCCUCAAAGCUUCCCAGCACUAGUGACGAUUGCCCGCCCAUUGGCACCCCUGUUGGAGAUUCUUCAAGUUCUGGGCAUUCUCAGAGUGCCCUCUUUGACUCUGAUGUCUUUCAAACUAAUAAUAGUGAAAACCCCUACACGGAUCCAGCCGACCUCAUUGCGGAUGCCACUGGGAGCCCUAGUAGUGACUCUCCUAGCAAUCAGCUCUUCCCCGAUGGAGUGGAUUUCAACCCUGACUUGUUGAACAGCCAAAGCCAAAGUGGUUUUGGAGAAGAAUAUUUUGAUGAAAGUAGUCAAAGUGGAGAUAAUGAUGAUUUCAAAGGUUUUGCAUCUCAGGCACUAAAUACUUUGGGGAUGCCAAUCCUUGGAGGUGAUAAUGGGGAGUCAAAAUUUAAGGGUGGCAGCCAAGCUGACACAGUUGACUUCAGUAUUAUAUCAGUAGCUGGUAAGGCUUUGGGUCCUACAGAUCUUAUAGAGCAUCACAGUGGUAGUCAGAGUCCUUUAUUGACCACUGGAGAAUUAGGGAAAGAAAAAACUCAGAAGAGGCUAAAAGAAGGCAAUGGCACUGGUUCCAGCAGUGUGUCAGGCCCAGGGUUAGACAGUAAGCCUGGCAAGCGCAGCCGCACUCCUUCCAAUGAUGGUAAGAGCAAAGAUAAGCCUCCAAAGCGGAAGAAGGCAGACACUGAGGGAAAGUCUCCAUCUCACAGUUCUAAUAGGCCUUUCACCCCACCUACCAGUACAGGUGGCUCCAAAUCUCCAGGCAGUUCAGGAAGAUCUCAGACUCCCCCAGGUGUUGCCACACCACCCAUCCCGAAAAUCACUAUUCAGAUCCCUAAAGGGACAGUGAUGGUAGGCAAGCCUUCCUCCCAUAGUCAGUAUACCAGCAGCGGUUCUGUGUCUUCCUCUGGCAGCAAAAGCCACCAUAGUCAUUCUUCCUCCUCCUCCUCCUCUGCUUCCACCUCAGGCAAGAUGAAAAGCAGUAAAUCAGAAGGCUCGUCAAGUUCCAAGCUAAGUGGCAGUCUGUAUUCUAGCCAAGGGUCUUCUGGAUCCAGCCAGUCCAAAAAUUCAUCUCAGACUGGGGGGAAGCCAGGCUCCUCUCCCAUUACCAAACAUGGACUGAGCAGUGGUUCUAGUAGCACCAAGAUGAAACCUCAAGGCAAGCCAUCAUCACUUAUGAACCCUUCUAUAAGUAAACCAAACAUAUCCCCUUCUCAUUCAAGGCCUCCUGGAGGCUCAGAUAAGCUUGCCUCUCCAAUGAAGCCUGUUCCUGGGACUCCCCCAUCCUCCAAAGCCAAAUCCCCUAUCAGUUCAGGUUCUGGUGGUUCUCAUAUGUCAGGAACUAGUUCAAGCUCUGGUAUGAAGUCAUCUUCAGGCUCAGGAUCCUCAGGCUCAUUGUCUCAGAAAACUCCCCCAGCAUCUAAUUCCUGUACACCAUCUUCCUCCUCAUUUUCCUCAAGUGGUUCUUCCAUGUCAUCCUCUCAGAAUCAGCAUGGCAGUUCCAAAGGGAAAUCUCCCAGUAGAAAUAAGAAGCCUUCCUUGACAGCUGUCAUAGAUAAACUAAAGCAUGGGGUUGUAACCAGUGGGCCUGGGGGGGAGGACCCAAUGGACAGUCAGAUGGGAGUAAGCACAAACUCUUCUAGCCAUCCUAUGUCCUCCAAACAUAACAUGUCAGGGGGGGAGUUCCAGAGCAAGCGUGAGAAAAGCGAUAAAGACAAAUCAAAGGUUUCUACUGCUGGAGGAUCAGUGGAUUCCUCUAAGAAGACCUCAGAGUCAAAAAGUGUGGGGAGCACAGGUGUUGCUAAAAUUAUCAUCAGCAAGCACGACGGGGGCUCCCCGAGCAUUAAAGCCAAAGUGACCCUGCAGAAACCCGGGGAAAGUAGUGCAGAAGGGCUCAGGCCACAGAUCGCCUCUUCAAAAAGCUACGGUUCUCCACUGAUAAGUGGUUCCACUCCAAAGCAUGAACGGGGUUCUCCCAGCCACAGUAAGUCACCAGCAUAUACACCCCAGAAUGUGGACAGUGAAAGUGAGUCAGGGUCCUCCAUAGCAGAGAAAUCCUACCAGAACAGUCCCAGCUCAGAUGAUGGUGUCCGGCCACUUCCAGAAUACAGCACAGAGAAGCAUAAGAAGCACAAAAAGGAAAAGAAGAAAGUAAAAGACAAAGACAGAGACCGAGACAAAGACAGAGACAAGAAAAAGUCUCACAGCAUCAAGCCAGAGAAUUGGUCUAAAUCUCCCAUUUCAUCUGAUCAGACAUUGUCUAUGACAAAUAAUCCAAUCUUACCUGCAGACAGGCCUUCUAGGCUCAGCCCUGACUUUAUGAUUGGGGAGGAAGAUGAUGAUCUUAUGGAUGUGGCCCUGAUUGGCAACUAACCUUAUUUUCUAAAUUAUGUCCAGAGAAGAAACUAAUGAUGCAUUUACAUGUAAACCAACACAAGGGGACAUGCUUUAAACUCAUUUUAGUGCAUGUAUUUGAAGGGCUGGGCAGAAAAUGAAAAAAGCAAUACAUUCCUUGAUGCGUUCGCAUGAAGGUUGUUCACCUUUGGUAGUUGUCCAUUUGAAGCAUGGGCAAAGGAAGGACUUUGGCAGUUUUGGACACUUAAAGCAAUGUUUGGUGUCUGUUUCUUAGGAGUGAUUGGGGGAGGGAAAAUUAUUUUAGCUAUUUAUUUGUAAUAUUUUAAUCUUUAAUGUUUGUUUUUAUGCAAUGUUUGUUCCUAAAUCUAUGAAGGGUAUGGUUCAUAGUGAUAGGAGGCAGGACGGGCAAGGUUUGCUUGGUGGUGGGGAGCUUGCUGCUCUUGCAGGUGCUGCAGCAGCACGCCCACAGAGGCUAACCAGAGCCUGUCUCUGGAGUUAAAUAGAAAAACCAAAACUAUUAUCUUUGGAGGUUUUUCACAGGGUUCAGACAUCAUAGGAAUAUUAGAAGUGACCUCCCUAUGCAGUUAAAGACUUACCUUUUUUCAUUAAAAAGGAAGGGUGGCUUUUUGGGGUAUAAAUAUGUUUUCAGAUUCUAUACCCAAUGGUAUAAAAACCAUUACAGAAUUAAUAGUUCUCCUAGUUCCACAAUGUGCCAAAAGUCUACAUCCCAGCGUUUUGUUCGCAGGAGAGCUAAUGCCAUUCCUAAGAGCUGGACUCGCAUUUCUCUCAUCAUAAGAAAGAGUUCAGACUUAAAUGCUCCACUGUAUGCUCCCCGAGAUAAAGUUUUUUGUUUUUUUGUUUUUGUUUUUUUUUAAAAAAAAAAAGCAGCCAUAGUUCACUUAAAACAAUUUCAAGCUCACUUGACUUAAGUAGGGGCCUGGAAUGCUAAGUGAGCAUGAAGAUAAACCUUGCUACUGUGUAGCACACAAUUGGACCUUUUUGGAGAAACAGGUCUGAGUCUGGAUUCUGAGGGACAUCAAAAGAAGCCCUUCUCAUAAAUGUAGAAAUCCAGGAGACCAUUUUGAGUGCAACCGAAGUUCUCAGUAUUUGGAGGGUCCUCUCAAAAAUCUGCGGCCUUACUUUGAUUUUGCCACCUGCACUGUGCCAUUCCUGAUGAUUCCGUUCAGGAUCUGUAUCAGCGGGAUGGGGCAUAAUCCCAGCACAACUCUACUGGAUUACAAAAAGGAAAAAAAAAAAAGCCAGGUGAUUCAUGUUUGUACGUGUUAUAAGUGGAGUGACUUCAUCAGAUACGGACGAUUUCAGUAUCCAACACUCUGCAGGUUGGAGUUAGCAUAGACUUGGAAAAUCUACUGUGGCUUUCUUUCCUGACUGUUUCUGUUUCCUUUGGUGUUCUCCCUUUUCUGAUCAUCGGUUCUCAACAACUCUGCCAUGUCUGUGUCCCAAGGCAAUAAAUAGGAAACAAAACAUUGCAAAGCGGAGCAAGAAAGGUUACGUGUCACCCUGCCAGAGCCCAGUGUCUUAGGUGACAUGAGUGCUGGGUGAUAGUGGAGUGCUUUCUCUUUUGCUGACACAGAAGCCGUACGUUGUCUCAGAUACACAGCUGGGUUGGAGUUCUCAGAAGUUUGCCACCUGGUUCUGAAUCCUAUGCUCUUAGUUUCUGCAGGAAGAGUUAAAGUUAUAUGGUGUUUCAGUUUGUUCUGGGUGGGGACAGUCUCCUGGGGAAAUGUACUGCAUAGUAUAAGGGGCUCAGUCCCCCCAAGCAGAGCCAACAAAUACCAAAAUGAGUAAACUGGGAAGCUUUUUCUCUCUUUCUGUCUUCAUCCCAGAUCAAAGAAUCCCGAGUUAGGAUCUGGAUGAAGGAUAAGCCCCUGAAUUGUCGAUGGGCACGCCCCACCCAAUGACCCAGCAUCUGAACUUGCUUAACAGGGAGCCGGGCUAAACUGCUUCACCCUGCCUGGGAACCAGGGAGCACUGCAUUUCUCCACAGGGUGGAGGAGAAGAGGCAGCAUAAGCCACACCCAGGACGCCUCCCUCCCAUCCAGGUGUACAGUCUCCUGUUUCAAAAGACGGCAAGGACAUGAAGUCAACUGCUACCCAUUUGCUGCUGCUGGAGUUUAUGUAUUUUUAGUUUGACCUGAUUCUUCUGUCUUUUGGCUUCAUGUUAAGGGUCUCUGGACAAAAUCUGCUCUGAUGUACAAUAUUUCAGAUUCAAAUUCAGUGUAUCUUAAAACAAGUGUUUUCAAGGUGAGGAAGGGGACCUGAUGUAAUUGCCAAAGCCAGCUUGAAGUUGAUGACUCUUGAAUCGGAUUUUCCUUUUGUCAGGCCACUAGCAAUAUCAUGAAUUUUCAGAAGAGCCAGUGAGUCACAUAGUAUCCACAUUGAUCACAGCAGAUGUCAGUAUAGAAAACAUUCAGGAUCCCUGGGUAAUCAUAUAUUCUAUUGUAUAUUCAUCUUUGGCCCUGCCCCCCAACUCUUUGUCUUGAAGUUAAUUUUUGGAGGGGCAGGAAGUAUUAUCUUAGAAACUAGGUUGGGAAACAUGUUCAGCUCUAGAGCUGAGAUUUAAAUUUUGAGUUUAAAAAUGUACAUCAGGAGCAGUGGGAAGGGUCUUUUCUUUAAAAGUAUUUCUAAUUUGAUUUUCUGUGUAUGGCUGUUCUGUAAAUAUUUUUUUUCUCAUUUUUUUGAAAGUAGACAAAAAUCUGUGGGAUUUUUUCCCCCUAAAACAAUACAAAAAUAAAACUUUCUUUACACACAAAUAAAAUUUCUUUGAUAAAAAGUA